CUCUGUGGCACCUCCACCUGGUUUGAGAUAAAGAAGAGCAUCUGUGUGGGUGUGAGACGGAAUGAAGUGCAUUUGGGUGCUUCUCAGCGCCUGGGCUCCAGUCCUGGUCACCGUGAGUGUCCGACAGAGCGUCCCUCCCCUGCUCCCCAACACCCCCUUCUUGACGGUGUGGAAUGCCCCCACCGAGCCCUGCAUGACAAAAUACAACGUGGACCUGGACCUGAGUCUGUUCAACAUCGUGCUGAACCAGAACAACAGCUUCAUGGGAGACAACAUGACCAUCUUCUACAAGGACAAACUGGGGCUCUACCCUCAUUACGACUCCCCGGAGAAGCCAGUCAACGGGGGGGUCCCCCAGAACAGCAGCUUUACAAAACACCUGCGGGCAGUCAGGGAUGAUAUCCGGAAGUACAUCCCUCGCCCUGACUUUAGCGGCCUGGCCGUCGUGGACUGGGAGAGCUGGCGGCCCCUGUGGGCGCGUAACUGGGACUUGAAGAAGGUAUACUGGGAGGGCUCGAGGAUGCUGGUGAGGCAGAAGCACCCCGACUGGUCACCCAGUGAAGUGGAAGAAGAAGCCCAGAAGGAGUUCCAGGAGGCUGGGAAAUCUUUCAUGGAGGGGACCCUCAAGCUUGGCCUCAGCCUGAGACCGGGUGGCUGGUGGGGCUUCUAUGGCUUCCCAGCCUGCUACAACUACCAGUACAAGAACUCUACUGCCAACUACACGGGACGCUGCCCCCAGCUGGAGAUGAAGCGCAAUGACGAGCUGGGCUGGCUGUGGAGUGCCAGCUCAGCCCUGUACCCCAGUAUCUACCUGGAUUCUGACCUGCAUGACAAGGCUGACUGCACCCGAAAGUUUAUUCACUACCGGGUGCUGGAGGCCAUGAGGGUAACGGGGCAGGUGGUACCUCCUGUGCUGCCCUACGCCCGCAUUGUUUACACCUACACUUUGAAAUUCCUCACACAGGAGGACUUGAUUCACACUAUUGGUGAGAGUGCCGCUCUGGGAGCAGCUGGAGUAGUGCUGUGGGGAGAUGCGUACUACGCGCAGUCACAGGAGGUGUGCCAGGCAGUGAAGGAGUAUGUGGACGGGAUGCUGGGGCGAUACCUGGUUAACGUGACGGCUGCAGUGACCCUGUGCAGCAACUCUGUGUGCUCGGGGCGUGGCCGUUGCCAGAGGAAAGACAGUGGCUCAGCCACCUACCUGCACCUGGACCCUCGGAGCUGGGCUGUGGUGUCGAACCCGGGUCCCAAGAGGGUACAGUUUAGCGUGCGGGGACAACUGGGCAAGUGGGAACUGGCUGAGAUGGAGGCCCAGUUUGGAUGCCAGUGCUACCAGGGUUGGGGCGGGAAGCAUUGUGAAAAGCGGAGGUAGACUCGACCCUCACCAGACCUCAGCUGAAUGCCAACAACAAACUGAGUCAAGUAGACAAAUGUUAACAGAUCCUCUGAAUGCAUGAUUGUGUGUUUAAAACAGGGGGGAGCAGGGUUGCAGAACAUACAAAAUCUUCGGAAUCUUCCAGAUAUUCCAAACCUUCCUGAACCAAAUAAUUACACAUUUAGAAUUAUCAAAAGACAAAAGCUACAGGCUAGGCUUAACAUUUCUAUUUCACUUCGAGAGAUUAAAAAAAAAAAAGUUCCUGUCGGAUCCCAAAAAAUGAUACCUAGAAGAAAAUCUUCAGGUCCUGACCAUACCCUUCAGCGCACAUUGUGUCAGUGUGUGCAACUAUUCUGCAGCCCUUUCGGAGGUUUUAGUCAUUGUCCAGUAUGAAGAAAGCACUUUACAUACGAAACUGGUUCUACAGGGCAGCGUAUUGUGAAGCGUUUCACAUUGUGCGAGAUGUGUACAGCACAGAGAUUCAGUAAAACGCCUGUUUUAGGUCGCAGUGUGGGAAGCAGCACUCCACACAUUAACCAUUACAGUACUUCAAUCUGAAGCCUUUCUUAAUAACACAAGAUGAUUAUAUAGUCACAGGGUUGGGAUGUAUAUUUGUAAAACCCAGGGUUAUAAGUAUAAACACAAUAUUGUAAAACUGUAGUGUAAUUAUGAGAAGGUAUGCAUUUACUACCUUUAUUAAUAUUGCCUUUUUGAAAGAAAAUGAGACAAGCAGACUAGAACACAGUAAACACCUGGGUACCUGGGCUCCAUGCAAGACCUGUACCUCAUGAUCUUAAAAUACCACUUCCCAGACCUCUGUGCUGUGAGUGCUUCUUUAAAAGGAAUCCACACCAGUGCACACUGCCUGUAGAAGCUGGAUCGUUGCAAACAGCAUGUGGGAGCCUUUAUCAUUGCACACAGCCUGUUUUACAAAAAUGGCACAAUGUGUUUGAUUAGUAACAGGUGUUGGAGAAAUAUCCCACAACAGUUUUACAAGACCGCCAUCAAGAUGUGCUGCUCAAAAACAAACAAAACAGCCCUGCACUGGAAACACUGUGGUUUGGACUGAACUGUACCCUGUGCACCUCAUGGUAAUCUGUAUAAAAAAUAAAAUGUUUACAAUGCAUUUA